AUGAUUUUGUACUUUUACCUUCUGCUUAUCACAUCAAUCUAUCACUCAUACAGUGAAGAUGAGCUUUGGCAGGAAUCACUGAGAACUGCUGUAGUAGGAGACAACAUCACCCUCACUUGUGUAACUUCUAAACAGAGAAAAACCAGUAUGAUGUGGCUCAAACAAACAUUUGGAGAAAGGCCUCUUGUUAUUGCUACAUCAUAUCAGUCCCAAACUGCAAGAUUUCAAAAUGGCUUUGAUGAGACUGGUCGCUUUUUUACUGAUACUGCAGAUAAGAGUUUUAAUCUGAGCCUCACAAACACAGAGCUGUCAGACUCAGCCACCUACUACUGCGCUGUCGUAUUUCUUUAUGAAAUAUCAUUUGGGAAAGGCACUGUUCUAUUUGUGAAAGAUCGGCCUGUGAGAAGCACCACAAUUCUCCAGGAGAAGAACUUCCUUUCUGUUCACCCGGGAGACAGUGUGACUCUGCAGUGUACAGUAGUCGCUGAGCAUUGUGCAGGAGAACACAGUGUGUUCUGGAUCAGACAUGGUUCAGGAGGAUCUCAUCCAGGAAUCAUUUACACUGAUGGAGACAGCAGUGAUCAGUGUAAGAACAGAUCUGUUGCUGGAUCUUCUACACAGAGCUGUAUCUACAGUCUCCCCAAGAGGAACCUCAGCACCUCUGAUGCUGGAACUUACUACUGUGCUGUAGCUACUUGUGGAGAGAUUCUGUUUGGAAAUGGAACUAAGCUAGAUAUUAAAGGUGAAGAUUUUCAAAUAAAGCUGUUGGUUCUUCUCUCCAUUGUAAGAGCAGUUGUUCUUCUCUUUCUUGUCACUGCUUUUCUCGUCUAUUCAUAUGUGCAUAAAUAA